AUGAAUUUUUCAUCAUUUGCUAUUACAUCAAAUAAAAAAAAUGAUAAAUUAAAUUUUUUUGAUGAUAUCAUCACAGAUGACAUAAGAAAAGGAAGUCAUAAUGUCAUUGUUAAACAAAAAACUGUUCAACUAAAGAUAAAAGAGAAUAUAGAAGUUAAUGUUUCUUAUUUAGAAUCAUUUCCACCACAUAAUGAAAAUAGUAAAUUAAGUAUUCUAUUUUUGGCUGGACAAUCAUAUACAUCAAAUGUAUGGAAAAAUACAAAUACAAUGCAAAUAUUUUCUAAUAUGGGUUAUCAUUGUAUUGCAAUCGAUUUACCGGGUACUGGUAAGACUACUGGUAAUUUAAUAACAGAUGAAGAUAAACCAUUAUUUAUGUAUAAGUUAUUAGAUGAAUUAAAUCUCGAAAAAAUUGCCAUUAUUGUAGCUAGUAUGUCUGGUUUAUAUGUAUUACCAAUGCUUCCAGAACAAAGAGUUAUUACAGUUGUUGCUGUUGCUGUUUCAGAUACAAAAAUACCAGAAGAUAGAAGAAAAGCAAUAACAACACCAUGUUUAAUUAUGUGGGGUGAAAGAGAUCUUAGUUUAGGACCAUUAUCACAAAAACAUUUAAGAGUAAUGAAAGAUACAAAAGAAAUUAAAGUACCAAAUGCAUCUCAUGUUUGUUAUGAAUCAAAUCCUCAUGAUUUUCAAAAAAUUGUAUUAAAUUGGCUUGCCUGGAUAUGUACAUUUAAUUCAAAUAGAUCAUCAAACAGUGCCUUAUAA